AUGGCGUUCGUUCCGGCCUCGCAGACGGCCGGCGAGGGCCGCGAUGUGUUCAUCAACCACGGAGGCGCCUACUGGCUCAACCCUGUGCCGCACGGCACCUUCCGCUCACGCAGCGCCUGCACCACGACGGGGGCAACGGACAGCGUUGACCCUUUCGGCAACGCCAAGCGCCCCGACAGGCCCAAUCUGUUUGGCAGGUCGCGUUACCGCGCCGCACACAACGGGCCCAGCGCCGCAGAAGAGGGCACAGGGGCCGAUUGCGCCGCUGGGGCGGUGGGUGGGGGCGGGCACAGCGGCGGCGGGGCGCGGGACGUGGAUGCCGCUGGCGCGUGCCCUGAAAUGCGUGCAAACAGCAGAGACGACGUCGACCCUCAUGGCCCCUCGGCCUUGUCUGCGGCACCGCCCAUGGACGCACGCGGCGCCGCCGGCUCUGCCGCGGCAACCGGCGAGAAGGCGCCCUACUCCACCGAGGCAGUGGUCCGUGGGAAACUUCCACUUGACACUGCCAACCCCGAGCGCCGCUCCAUGCACCCAGGCAACCACACCGUGCGCAUCCCUCCCACGGGCGGAUCCGCCUACAAUGGCACCGUCGCCGAGCCAUGGGCGGUACCGAGGGCAGUGGAUAACACGUAUCUGCGCCUCGCCCCACUGUAUGAGAGCACAACGCAAUACCAGCUACGCACUGGUCGCUACUACACAGAGGAUGAAGCGCCGGCGCACGGCAUGACGCUGCCGCCCAAGAGCUCUCUCCGCACACGGGAAUGGUAG